AUGGCGCCCCCUCCCCCCGCAUGGGUUCAGAAGCUCGUUCCGUCUUCGCCUCGCGGCCAAGACCUCCUCGCCGCCGAGCGUUCGGGCUCGCAGGUCGACUCUGACCGCCUCGCCCAGCUCCUUCACGGCAAGGAGGACCUUGAACUCAAGGACCGCAUCGAGAAGAUCAUCUCGGCAGAGAAGGUCUUUGACAAGAACGAGCUCCUCUCGAUGGGCCGUGUCGACCGUAUCCAGCGCUCGCUCGCUCGCGGCAAGACGCUCAAGCGUCUCAGCGACAAGCACCAGUGGUCCAAGGAGGAGUACAAGGUUGCUGCCAACAUUUCGGGCGAGCCCAACGUCUAUGGCCUCCACGAUGGCAUGUUCCUCGUCACUCUCCGUGAGCAGGGCACUCCAGAGCAGCACAAGCUCUUCCUCGAGAAGGCCGAGCGGUCCGAGUACAUUGGCUGCUACGCCCAGACCGAGCUUGGCCACGGUUCCAACGUCCGCGGCCUCGAGACUACCGCUACGUGGGACCCCAAGGACAAGACGUUUGUCAUCCACUCGCCCCACCUUACCGCCUCCAAGUGGUGGAUUGGCUCGCUCGGCAAGGUCGCCAACCACGCAGUCGUCAUGGCUCAGCUCUUUGUCAACGGCAAGAACCACGGCCCGCACCCCUUUGUCGUCCACAUUCGUGACCUCAAGACCCACGAGCCCCUCGAGAACAUCUACGUCGGUGACAUUGGGCCCAAGUUUGGUUACAACUCGAUGGACAAUGGUUUCCUCCUGUUCAACCACGUCAAGAUCCCCCACGCCAACAUGCUGGCCCGCUUCAACUUUGUUGACCCCGUGACCUCGGAGUACCGCCGCGUCGGCUCGCCCUCGCUCAUCUACGGCACUCUCACCUGGGUCCGCUCCCACAUUGUCCUCGACUCGGGUUCCUCGCUCGCCCGUGGUGUCGCCAUUGCGACCCGCUACGCCGCGGUCCGUCGUCAGUUCCAGGACCGUGACGCCGAGGAGGCUGGCAUCGGCGGCGAGACCCCCGUUCUCAACUACAAGAUGGUGCAGGCUCGUCUCCUCCCCCUCCUCGCUGCCUCGUACGGCCUCCACUUCACUGGCCGCGGCAUGAUGGAGCUCUACAACGCCAACCAGGAGGCCAUGAAGAAGAACCUGGCUGGAGGAACCUCUAAGCGCUCGGCUGGUCCCGAGGAGCUCAACCCCGGAGCUGACCUCCUUGCCGACCUCCACUCGACCUCGUGUGGCCUCAAGGCCCUCGGCUCGACCAUCGCCGUCGACGGUCUCGAGGCGUGCCGCCGCGCUUGUGGUGGUCACGGCUACUCGUCGUACUCUGGCAUCGGCCCUUGGUACUCGGACUACCUCCCGACCGCGACCUGGGAGGGCGACAACUACAUGCUCACCCAGCAAGUCGCGCGCUACAUGCUCAAGACUGCUCGUGGCGUCCUCAACGGCACUGCUCCCGACAACGAGACUGCCCGCAUUCUCAAGCACUACCUCGCUCGCAAGGACACUGGCGCCGCGUUCGACGUCCUCAACAACGACCAGGACAUUGUCGCCGCAUUUGCCUGGCGCACUGCCUACCUCACCAUGGAGGCUCUCCGUCUUCGCGACAAGGAGAAGCAGUCGUGGAACUCGCUCCUCGUCCACUUCUGGCGCCUCUCCACUGCCCACUCGCAGUACCUCGUCGUCCGCAACUUCUACGACGCCGUCGUUCGGGACCACAAGGCUGUCGUCGCCCAGGUCGGCGAGCCCACCGCAAAGGCCCUCAUUGACCUCUACCGCCUGUACGCUCUCACCACCUUUGAGGCCAACGGUGCCGAGUUCUUCACCUCUGGCGCCGUCACCACUGCCCAGAUCUCGCUUACCCGCACCAAGGGCAUCAGCGCACUCCUCGACGCCAUCCGGCCCCACGCCGUCAACCUUGUCGACGCCUGGUCGUUCAGCGACUACGUUCUCAACUCGUCGCUCGGCCGCAAGGACGGUGCCGUGUACGAGGACCUGUUCGCUCGCGCACGAACCAACCCGGUCAACGACCUCGUCUUCGACCCCUACCCGAGCUCGGACACGCUCAUCAAGCGUGUGGACCGCCAGGCCAAGCUCUAA